AUGGCAAGUGUAGUGGAUUUACAGCUUGAUGGUCUGGUCAUUCACCAAGAUGGUUCAUACACUCGUGGAACAAUCCCAACGAGUCCGGCAAAUCCCGAUUUUGUGGAUGGAGUGGCCUCGAAAGAUCUGACAAUUGAGGAGGAAAGCAAUCUAUGGGUGAGGGUAUUCUGUCCCCAGCAGAAGCAUGAAUCUGGUAAGCUGCCUAUCCUCCUGUUCAUCCAUGGAGGUGGGUUCAUUCAAUCCAGCGCUGAUGAUAUUGGAUACCACCACCUUUGCGAGGAUUUUGCAAAAUCGGUGGGGGCACUUGUGGUCUCCGUGAAUUACCGGAUUGCACCAGAGCACCGCUUGCCAGUUGCUUAUGAGGACGGAUUUACCGCUCUGAAAUGGCUUCAAGCAGUGGCCAAGAAGGAAGUUACCGCGCCCUGGCUGUCGGACUGUGCUGAUUUUACCAAGGUUUUCGUGGUGGGCGAUAGCGCUGCAGGGAAUAUUGUUUAUCAUGUCAUGAAGCGAGCUUCAGCGAAGAGUGGCUCGGAUUUGAAGCCGCUGGUUCUGGCUGGCCAGAUUCUCAUCCAGCCGUUCUUUGGAGGUGUUGAGCGGACUCCCCCCGAGCUCGUCGAGUUCAAGCCUGGCCAACUUACGACUGAGUUGUGCGAUGUGUUUUGGAAGUACACACUCCCAGAUGGAGCCAAUAGAGAUCAUCCAUACUGCAACCCAAUGGUGGAGCUCCCCCAUGCUCUCAAUGAUGCGGAUAUGCCAAGGACGCUUGUUGUGAUUGGGACCGCUGAUUUGCUCCAUGAAAGGCAGCUCGACUUUGCAAAGAAGGUGAAGGAGAUUGGCAUCCCAGUUCAGCAGGUUGUGUUUGAGAAUGCAGGCCAUGCGUUUUACAUGGCUGAAGAACAGGAGAGAGUGAAGCUUGUGGAAGUUCUGACAGAAUUCGUAAGUCAAGAGAUAUAAUAUUGCAUUACAAAACAUUUGAUACCACUUUUUAGCUCAUGAGCUCAGAAUUCAAUAAAUCUAAUUGUCUUUAAUUCUUCA